CCACGCACCCACUCCCACCAUCACUUUUUUCUGAUUGCAAUGAGCACCACCGUGCGCGCCCUGCUGGAUGAUUUGCGCACCACACGGGGUCCAGCGCGUGUGUCGCGCCUCGCACAUUUCGAUGCGGCGCUUCAAAAUGUCCAUGUGGAUGAUCUGAUCCAGAUCGUCGGUGACCGCGACGGCGACGGCGACCACCACGGCGACCGCGACGACGACGACGCGCACGGCAUCGAUGUUCAACGUCGACUCUUUGCUCGCCUAGCAGCGUCCCCAUCCCUUCCCCUGUCCGCCGCGCACACCAUUCUCGCAGCAGCAUCUCGCACUCGCGCUCGCGCACAUCACGCGGCAGCACACGCUCGACUGCUAUCGUCCCAGCUCAAGGCAUUGUCGGCAUGCGUGCACGCAUCAUCAGCAGAUGCGACGCUCAUCACUUCCCUCGUCGACCUUGCUCUUGCUUGCCUAGCUCUCGGACAGCGUCGCGCGCCCGCUCCGUCUCAUUCCCGCGCGAGUUCCGUGUCCAGCUGGCGGAGCGCGAGCGCGAGCUCGAGCCCAAGCAGAAGCACAAGCACAAGCAGCAGCGGCGGCGGCGGCGGCGGUGGCGGCGGCAGCAGCGCAACGACCGGCUUUCGAGGUGGCAGCCUGGCUUUUAGUGCGUCGGGCGGUGCCUCCGUAGCUUCUUCAGGUGCACCCGCCCACGCACACGCACACGCACACGCACCCCCACCCUCAGCAUCCUCCGCCAGCGAGACCGACGACGAUGCCGUUCGACAAGGGUGAGUCGCGAGCGCGGGCGAGAGCGGGCGAGAGCGGGCGAGAGCGG